GCUUCCGUGAAUCGUCACACGAUUACAUGUCAAGACAGGCCAUGAAGGAAAGGCGUUGCAACGUAUGUCCUAAUAACUUCGCGUCGGCGACGGGGAAAAGGAGCAGGAGUAUUGAUGGCCUCUAAUUGAAUGGCAGUUCUACGACGACGAAGGUCGUGCCAGGGUAUACAAGGACGGCACGAAAGGCUGCCCGUGGCCGGCACCUGUAUGCAACUUUGCACAUCCGAAUGAGCCAGCAUGGAGAAUUGCGAAGUCUUCCAAGCCGCCACGGAAAGACCUCGUGUUAGACGAUGACGACGGGUUUUAUUAUGUUCUUAUUGACAGCCGAAAACGUAGUUCAUACGACGAGUCCGCGGUGCACCGCCGUGGUGACACUCGCGGCGGCCAAUCGCCGACAAGCUCAAGGUCUGUCAGGAGGCCCAUCGAUGUGGAGAUGUCAAGCAGCAGACGUCGUUCUCGUUCGCCCGUUCAGCCAACGUCGGCACGCGAAGCAGGACCACCACAUCAUCCCAGGCGGGAGUCUGCGGAUCAUAAGCGUUAUACACCCCCUGGUAGCCCUCGAAGGACCAGGACGACGGAGAAUGGCCGUCGACCAAUACCCGACGCUGUUCGCAAAGGCUCGCCAGCAAGAACGCAGUCGGUAACUACGAAGAUGGGUGUCCCUAUGUCCUCUCGCACUUCUGUACCUCCCGAGCCUCCCCGACCUUACCCUUCACAACCACCGCCGCCAGCUCUUCCGCCUCUACCCACGGUACCUGCCUUCCUUUCUCAGCAAUCGUCUUCUAGAGAUGGUUUUUCAUUGACACGAGGGAUGAAGGGGUUGUCCCUGGACGAGCAGCGCAAGGUUUGGCAUGAGAGAGUGGAUUUGAUGUUCACCUCUAUAACAGCGCGACGCGAGUAUGCCAAAAUAGAAAGCGAUCUUGAGAGCAUGCGACGGCUCAGUCAGUCGUCGUGCAUAACUGGCCUGUCCGAGGAGGACAAAUCACGCAUCAACGAACAGAAGAUAGCCCUCGAACGUGAAUUGGAAAAGAAACGAAAGGAGGUCAACGAUGUCAUACAACAUCUCAUAGGGACCGAGUUCUGGCCUGCCCUCAAAACACCAGAAUUACAGGGUCUUGAAAAGACAUUGGCAGAGGUGAAAAAGCACGCCUCGGAUGUGAAGAGUUCUCUGGAGGACCUGCAGUCGAGUUGCAGUGCAUUGUUUAGCUCUCAAGCCACCCAGAUAGGUCAAAAUCCCGAGGAACCUGAUGGUACGGAACGACCCAAAAAACGAAGGCGUUUAUCAGAAGGGGAAGUCUCAGAAGAUGAUGCCUCUGGCGGUGUCGGUUACCGGCCGGCCGAGCUGGAAGAAUUUCGUGACAAGUUGACUGGGCUAAGCCGUCAGAUAUCGGAUCUAGAGAAUCACAUCAACCAACGCCAUCAGGUCAUGCAUGACGAAAUGGAACUGCGAAUAAACGAGAGACUAGAGGAAGAAGGGUAUUUCUCCGACGUGGAGGAGAUACGGGUCCCCCAGGCCGACAUCGAGGCUGUCGUGGAUACGCACAACUCAGCGCUCGUGCAAAAUAUUCAGACCACCGGAGGUGAAGUCGGUCAGCUGGCGGAAGAAGUGGCAACUUUGAUCAGUCAACGCCACGAGCUCGAGCAAAGAUGCAAGCAUAUGGAAACGGAGAACGAAAACCUGAGAAAUGCCAUCGCGGAGCUUACCGCGACAUGCGAUUCGGCAAACCCAGAAGCCAUAAGCAAAGAAGUGGAGGCCCUGAAUGCUGCCCUGCAAGCCUAUAUCUCACAAGUACCUCCCAUUGAAAAGAGGCUGCCGGUGGAGUACAUCAUGGAGCUGCUGGAUGGUGAGAUAGUCAACCUCGUGAGGGAGCAGUUUAUGCCUUUACUGGUCAACAUCCGGCAAGAGUUGGUCGACAAAGCACAGGAGAACCAUCAACGGACACUUUUCGCAAAAAAUCGCACUGUCGAUAUGAAUGGUUUGUCAGCCCGAAGCUGAGUCUCAUGCGAUGCCUGAGAUUCGUAGGUAUGCGAGCAUUUAUCGUAGUUUCAUCCUUUGUCCAUAGUAUAGCUCCAUGUGCGACACAAUAAUCAAUCAAAUUCCGAGUAAUCUUGCCUAAAUGCCGCUGUAUAAGCCAUAAUGGUACUAUACACCAAUCUAUGUUUCCCCCCAAAAAACAUGUAAGCAUCCG